AUGCUCGGCGGGGCCCUUCAGACCACCUCCUUCACUGCAUCCUCCUCCUCAACUUCCACCUUGUCCACGCCUGCACGGGGCAGCGCUGCCCAGAAUCAGAACCAUGAACAGAAGAAUGCUAACAGCAAUGCCAGUGCUGAUCUCGGCCUCAUCGGCCUGGCCGUCAUGGGCCAGAACCUGAUUCUGAACAUGGCCGACCAUGGCUUUACCAUCUGCGCUUUCAACCGUACCGUGUCCAAGGUUGACCGCUUCCUGGCCAACGAGGCCAAGGGCAAGUCCAUUGUCGGUGCCCACUCCACCGAGGAGUUCGUCUCCAAACUCAAGAAGCCCCGCCGUGUCAUGCUCCUCGUCCAGGCCGGCAAGGCUGUCGACGACUGGAUUGAGACCCUCAUUCCUCUGCUGGAGCGCGGUGAUAUCAUCAUCGAUGGCGGCAACUCACACUUCCCCGACUCCAACCGGAGAACCCAGUACCUGGCGUCCAAGGGCUUCCGCUUCGUCGGCUCCGGUGUCUCCGGUGGCGAGGAGGGUGCCCGCUACGGCCCUUCCAUGAUGCCCGGUGGCCAGGAGGAUGCUUGGCCCUACAUCAAGGACAUCUUCCAGAGCAUCGCCGCCAAGAGCGACAACGAGCCCUGCUGCGACUGGGUCGGUGACGAGGGUGCCGGCCACUACGUCAAGAUGGUCCACAACGGUAUCGAGUACGGUGACAUGCAGCUCAUCUCGGAGGCCUACGACAUCAUGAAGCGCGGCCUGGGCCUCUCCAGCAAGGAGAUUGGCGACGUCUUCGCCAAGUGGAACAAGGGCGUCUUGGACUCGUUCCUCAUUGAGAUUACGCGCGACAUCAUGUACUACAACGACGACGACGGCACUGCUCUGGUCGAGAAGAUCCUCGACAAGGCCGGCCAGAAGGGCACCGGCAAGUGGACCGCCAUCAACGCCCUCGACCUCGGCAUGCCCGUCACCCUGAUUGCCGAGGCUGUGCUGUCGCGCUGCCUGUCUGCCAUCAAGGACGAGCGUGUCACCGCCUCCAAGAAGCUCGAGUUCGUGGGCCGCGCCAACAAGUUCGAGGGCAACAAGGAGCAGUUCCUUGAGGACCUCGAGCAGGCUCUGUACGCCUCCAAGAUCAUCUCCUACGCCCAGGGUUUCAUGCUGAUGCAGGAGGCCGCCAAGGAGUACAAGUGGAAGCUGAACAAGCCGUCCAUUGCCCUGAUGUGGCGUGGUGGCUGCAUUAUCCGCUCCGUCUUCCUCAAGGACAUCACUGCCGCCUACCGCAAGGACCCCGAUCUGCAGAACCUGCUCUUCGACGACUUCUUCAACAAGGCCAUCCACAAGGCCCAGCCGGGCUGGCGCGACGUUGUUGCCAAGUCGGCCCUGCUCGGCAUCCCGACCCCGGCUUUCAGCACCGCCCUGUCGUGGUUCGACGGCUACCGCACCAAGGAUCUGCCUGCCAACCUGCUGCAGGCCCAGCGCGACUACUUCGGUGCCCACACCUUCCGCAUCAAGCCCGAGGACGCGUCUGAUAAGUACCCCAAUGGCCAGGACAUCCACGUCAACUGGACCGGCCGCGGUGGCAAUGUCUCUGCCUCGACGUACCAGGCAUAA